AUCCGGGGAACCGUGCUUGGAAGAAGAUACAAAAACUGGUUCCUAGUUUUCAUUAGGCAACAACUGGCUACCUACCUGACAGACGAAGGGGACGUGUCAUAGUACAACUUGUUCAGAACAAAAUUAAAUCAUGCUGCUUCGUAAAGUGAGCCAGUCUUCAAAACUAUGCGGCUCUAUUCUCAGGAUUCCUCCCGUGCUGUCAGGAGGUCAGCGUCAGGCCGGGGCUGUGGUUUCGGUGCAAAAUGCUCGUCUCUACGCCAGCCAAGCUGCAGAGGCGGUGCUGGACAAGCAGGCAGCAGUGGGCACUGAUGCUGCCACUAAAGUGGAAAAGAACACAGCUGCUGUUGAAUCCAAAUCAUUCGCCGUCAACAUUUUCAAGGGGCAGGUUGCAACCGCUCAAGUGUUCCCCUACCCCUCAGUCAUGAACGAGGAGCAGGAGCAGUUUCUCCGAGAGCUUGUGGGACCUGUUAACAAAUUCUUCCUGGAGGUGAAUGAUCCUGCCAAGAACGAUGCCCUGGAGAAGGUAGAAGAUCACACCAUGGAGGGUUUGAAGGAGAUGGGGGCGUUUGGCCUGCAGGUGCCCGCUGACCUGGGCGGCCUCGGCCUCACAAACACACAGUAUGGCAGGCUGGUUGAGAUUGUUGGCAGUCAUGACCUGGGUGUCGGCAUCACUCUGGGGGCCCAUCAAUCCAUCGGCUUUAAGGGAAUUCUGCUUUUCGGGAACCCAGCCCAGAAGGAGAAGUACCUGCCUAAACUGGCCACAGGUGAAACCAUGGCCGCCUUCUGCCUCACUGAACCGGCCAGUGGCUCUGACGCCGCCUCCAUCAAAACCACGGCCGUCCUGUCCCCCUGCGGAGAGUUCUUCACCCUCAGCGGAAGCAAGAUCUGGAUCAGCAAUGGAGGUCUGGCUGAGAUCUUCACAGUGUUCGCCAAGACCCCCACAAAGGACCCAAAGACCGGGGAGAUGAAGGACAAGAUGUCGGCCUUCGUCGUGGAAAAGAGCUUUGGAGGAGUGACACAUGGCCCCCCAGAGAAGAAAAUGGGAAUCAAGGCGUCCAACACAGCCGAGGUGUACUUCGAUAACGUCCGCGUGCCGGUCGACUGCCUGCUGGGCGAGGUGGGGGAAGGCUUCAAGGUGGCCAUGAACAUCCUGAACAACGGGCGCUUCGGCAUGGCAGCCGCCCUCUCCGGCACCAUGAAGGGAGUCAUCACCAAAGCAGUGGACCAUGCAGCCAACAGAACCCAGUUUGGGAGCAAGAUCCACAACUACGGAGCCAUCCAGGAGAAGAUCGCUCGCAUGACCAUGCUGCAGUAUGUCACAGAGUCCAUGGCCUACAUGAUCAGCGGCAACAUGGACAGUGGAGCGACUGAGUUCCAGAUAGAAGCUGCCAUCAGCAAGAUUUUUGCCUCCGAAGCAGCAUGGAGUGUGACGGACGAGUGUAUUCAGGUCAUGGGAGGCAUGGGCUACAUGAAGGACUCUGGAGUGGAGAGGGUGAUGAGGGAUCUGAGAAUCUUCCGAAUCUUCGAGGGCACCAACGACAUCCUGAGACUCUUCGUGGCCCUCAACGGCUUCCAGAAUGCUGGGAACCAGUUGAAGAGCUUACAGAAGGCCAUGAAGAACCCCAUUGGCAACGCUAGUUUGCUGGCAGGAGAAAUCACCAAGAGAGCCAAAAGAAAGGCGGGUUUCAGCACAGGUCUGACUCUGCAGGGCUCUGUGCAUCCUGAGCUGGCACACAGCGGAGAACUGACCACUAAAGCCAUCGAGCAGUUCGGCGCUGUCGUCGAGGAGCUGCUGAUCAAACACGGCAAGAAGAUCAUUGAUGAACAAUUUGUCCUGAAGAGAGUGGCAGACGGUGCCAUCGACCUCUACGCCAUGGUGGUGGUCCUGUCCAGGGCCUCACGCUCUCUGAGUCAGAGCGGCCCUACAGCUCAGCACGAGAGGAUGCUGUGCGAGACCUGGUGUGUGGAGGCCCAUGACAGGGUCAUGAAUGACAUCAAGUCCCUGCGCUCCAGCGAGUCCAGACAGCUCUUCAAGAACAUGAGAGCCAUCUCUGCAGCCGUGGUGGAGACAGGGGGAGUGGUGGCGCCUCACCCUCUGGGUUUCUAAACGCACCACGCUGAAUCAGAAUCAGUCCGUUUUUUUUUUCUACAUCUCUAACCAGGUUAAGGGUCAUUUAGAUCAAGUCCUAAAUGAUCAUCCAUUUUGUUAUUGCCAUAGUUGCUCACACGUCACACAUCAGUACCUUUGUUUCUGCUUUAUUGCACCUACAAUUUCGGGAUGAAUGAUUUACACAGAAAGCAGUCUGAUUUGUUUUAUUGUUAUUACUUUGUACUGUACAAUGUCGACUGCAUUUCUGUGUCUCAGAACAUGUUUUUUUCUCACUUAUUUAUGCAAUCUAACUGAAGAAUUUGAGGUUUCCAUCACAGCUGUAUUGUUAAUUUAUAUGAAUUAUAAAUUAGCUAUUUGAAAUUGGUCGAUAGGAGAGAAAAAUCCAGAUUUCCACACAUCAUUUAGCCCUUUUACCACCUGGAUUUAAAGAAGUAGAUGUCUCCGAUGUGUGCAUGGAGCUUGAAUAAUGUCACCAUGUAUUCUUUUCAAACAUUGCUAUGGUUUUGUUUGGAAGAAAGUAUAUAUGUCAGUGUAACUUUGAGGAGCAGAGGCCAGUGAACAGAGAAGGAUUUCACUUAUCUGUUUUAAGGGAUUUUAAUGUAAUGGCAGUUUUUUUUUCCUCCCACUUUCAUUUAUACACUUAUCUAGAAUGUGUUCAAAGGUAUAUAACGGUGUGGUGCUUUUGUACUUGAAUGCCUUUCUGUAUGUUAAGCUAACUGUUCAUCACAGGAGCAUUAUUAAGCAAACCCUUUGCCUUAGAAACCGGUUCACAGAUGCUGUUGCAAGGUCCUGCUGUGACUUAACAUAAAGAGAACUUGUUUUUUUUUUAACAAAAAAGGUAAGGUCAACUUCACUGUUUACCAAUACUUAACUCACAGUUCACAUGUGUGUAUUGUCUCAUCUAAAGGUAGCGGGCAGCAUCAAUUGUAGAACUGUUAAGUCUGCAUACCUGGUGCUUUAAAUAAAUCAUUUCUGGUACAAUAAAUGCACUCAAUUUGAAUCUUCUCUGCUAAUCAAUCAUGAAACUUAAAAUAGAUCUGCAGUCUUCCCUCCUAUAGCCUGUACAGUGAUGAUCAAUGCUGCUGUUAUGUAAGAAAGUAAACUGUCAAACAUGUUCAUUUGGUUGACAUGUUAAGAUGAUCACAUGCCUCUUCGUGUUAUAAAGAAUGUCUCCUUUCAUUUGGAGUCGGUGUUUGUGCAGAUCUUCUUUCAGGGUUUUGGUAUAAUAACACAGCCUAAUAAUGAGAUUAAUAAAUAAAAUAUAAAUUAAUCUGCCA